AUGGCGGAGCAGAGGAGGAAGCUGGUGCGGUUGGCGGUGCUGGAGGAGCUCCGCGCCUCUUACGGAAUUAAGGUGAAGAGCGGGAGCUGCCUGACGGGGGCCAAGCAGCUGGCAGCCGCGGCUACGGAGGGUAAGAUCUUUGGAGUCUGUUUUCAUGCAUUGCCACAAUCACUGGUGCCGGAAUAUGGUUAUAUCCCAAGCUUUCUUGUUGAUACUUGUGAAUACUUGGAAGGGCAUGCUCACACUGAGGGACUCUUCAGGAAGUCUGGAUCUCUUGUUCGUUUAAAGGCUUUAAAGAGUAAACUGGAUCAAGGUGAAAACUGCCUUUCAGCUGCGCUGCCAUGUGAUGUUGCAGGGCUUCUUAAACUGUUCUUUAGAGAGCUACCAGAACCCAUCCUUCCACCUCACCUGCAGGAAGGUCUCUUCAAAGCUCAGCAGCUGGGAAAUGAGAAGAAAACUGCAACUGUGUUGUUGUCCUGUUUGAUGGCAGACAGGACCAUUGACACUUUGAGAUACUUUUUCAACUUCCUGAGAACUGUGUCCCUCAGAUCCAAUGAAAACAGAAUGGAUAGCGGUAACCUGGCAGUGAUUUUUGCUCCCAACCUCUUGCACUGCAAUGAAAAUGAGAAGAUGUCAGCUGGUACAGAAAAAAAGAUUCGCUUGCAAGCUGCUGUGGUGCAGACACUCAUUGAGCAUGCAGCAGAAAUUGGACAAGUGCCAGACUUUAUCUUGGAAAAGAUACCUGCAAUGUUAGGUGUUGAUGCCUUUCAAUCUACUCCUUCCCUGUGGGGCCAUGAGGACAGUGAGAAUGAAUCUCCCAGUGAAUGUAAGAAGAGGAGGCACAGAAGUGUUGGAGAUUUUGUUAGUGGAGCGUUGAAUAAAAUUAAAUCUAACAGAACCCCCUCCACUACACCUCAGCAAGACAGAAGUGUCCUUUCAUCAGUGACUCCUGUGGUCCUUACUCCAAGUACCAAGCGUAAACUUCCAACUGAUUGCUCCCAGGGCUUGUCCAGCAAGAAGAGAAGAUCUUUUAAGCAUAGUUUUGCUUUUGAGUUGUUACCAAGUAGCAUUUUUAACCUCAGUUCAACACCAGCAUCAGUUCAGUUUGAAGGAAGCCCCUGUGUGUCUCUUGAGUCAUCACAAACCUCACUGUCUCCUUCAACUGGUGGUGAAAAUCACUUGUAUGGUACAGGGAGCAGGAGAAGUAAGAGACAUGCAAGCAAAAAAUUAUACAGGGCUGAGUCAGGCAGGACAGGCUGCUUCUCCCCCAAGAUCAGCCGCAAAGAGAUGGUUCGCAGGUCGCUGCGCUUGAAGUUUGGGCUGGGUAAAAGCUGCAGAGAGAUGAAUGUUGUACCAGGAUGUGCAGGAGGUAACAGAUCUGAAAAUAUUGGAAGGCGUCUUGCAAGUCAGCAAGGUUUGGAAAGCAGAAGUGAAUGUGCCAAAGGAGAUGUCCUCUUCAGCCCAUGUGUCAAUGAGAAAUUCCCCAAGAAAGGUUCAAAGCACGUGAGCAAGUCAGAAGAAAACUUGCUGACUCCAAAAUGUCACAAAGAAGUUCACCAUAUGUCAUGGUGCAGUCCUCCUGUAACAGCUUCUCAGGUGAUCAGCAGGAAUGAUGAGGGUAUCGUGCCAGGACACUCCAAACCAGGAAAUGAUUUGUCAGAAUCUAGUUUGAUAUUUGGAAAGCCACCAGCUGUUGCAGAUGAAUUUAAAUCCACUUCUGUAAGCAAGCAAGAGAACAGCUCAGAACUUUGGGUUCAUGAAGAUGGAAGUAAUUCGGCUGCAGAAACACUACUGAAAGUGAAGGAAGCCUUCUCUGCAUCUGGAGGUAGCCUUCACAGUUUGAUAGGUGAUACUAAAUCUUCCUUCUCAGGUGGAGCAGGUGAAACACUAAAUCAAAGGCCAUGCCUCAGGAAGCUCAGUUCAGAGGAAGAAUCACUAGCUGGAGAAGUUUCUAAAGCUGCAGCAAAUACAAAACCCAGAGAGUUGUUGCACCGAGUUAGUCAAAUUUCUGCUAGUGAUGAACAACACACAAAAAAAGAUGAAAUGGAAUCUUUGGGGAAAAGAAACUUCAAAACUUCUCUUGCAAUUGAUCUGCAGCUCCCAACACCAGCUGUAAAGCAUGCAGCAGAACUUCCUGGGCCUCAAGUACUGGCCAGGGAAGAGAAGUUGACUGUUGAGAAGAGUUCAUCAAGAGAUGGCUUAAGCAAAUUGCAUUCCUUGGGAAGGAGGGAGGGCACAGAAUUAACACCCCUACAAACAGCUGUAAACUGCAGGCUAAACUGCUGUCAUUUGGAAGAGGAGGCCACCAAAGGUUCUGUGGUGGGACAGCUUCCUGCUCAGCAGGUGCCUCAGUCACAAAAGGAAGCAGACAACCACCACACACAGGCUGACAACACUGAGAAAACUCAGCCUAGGACAUCAGCUCUCCCUGACCACGGGAAGGUUUCUGACCAUAUCCAGUGGUUCAACAAGCUUUCACUGAACGAUCCAAGCUCUGCAAGUAAAGCCAAACCCCCUCUCAAGUUCCAGCGAACCCCUGUGAGACAGUCUGUGAGAAGAAUCAACUCCUUACUGGAGGCUAACAGGCACCCUGGAAGCUCUCAGCUGCUGAAAGCAAGUGAGGUUGGCUCACCACUUGUGAAGUCCUUGAGCUGUGAUUCUGCACUGUCCUCCUGCACAGAGAAGCCCUCCAAGAACUCUCUGGCUUUGCCACUCAGUUCGUCUGACCAAGUUUCUAUGUCUCAUAAGCAGGUGGACUUUCCACCCAAAUCCUGUUGCAGGCCCUUAAAUCCAUCAACCAGCACUGAUGUUUCUGUCAGGGCUGCUGGGCCCAGUGAGCAGAGAGCCACUCUUCACCCUCCAAAGUCUGUCCUGGAAGAUCUAACUAAUCGUGAACCAGUCAAAUCCACUGUCAAAGCUCAUGCAAAUGCUCCAGAGGCUGCCCCAGAAAAAUCCACAAUCACCAGAAGUGCUUCAGGAAAAGCCAGAAGUCGUUACAGAGGCUCCCCAAAGAAUCCAAUAGCUCAAGUGAAACUGCUGCCAACUGCAAAACCAGUAGACUUGUAA